CUGUCCCUGCGGCACAAGGCGGCAGCCAGCAAAAGGGAGACCGUGGGACAAACCCUCCUCCAGAAGGCCCAGCUUGGUGAGCCCAAAAGCUCCUCCCCAGUGCAGAAGCAGAGCCCCGCAGCACCCCGCGAGGGGCCCAGCUUGUUUCCAGAUGCUUCAGACCCUCGGGAUGGCAAAAGUGACACAGAGUCCAUGGAAAACAUGAGCCUGGAUGGCUACAGACCGAGUCCUGGUGGGCUGGGGGGCAGGAGUAACUCCCUGGAGAGAGCCGCCCCACUCCGAGAUGGAAAACAGGUUCCUGCACCAGCAGGACCUGCUGCCUCCAGCCUGACCCUCCCUCUCCGCUCCAAGCACGUGUUCUCCGGACGGGAUGCUGCCGUGGGGAGCCGCAGCAGCGCCUUGGUGGAUGAGCAUGAGAUGAUGUUCAAGAAGAACCCCCGUCGGGUGGUGAGGCCGGCGGACUACACCAAGUCGGUGAUCGACCUGCGCCCCGAGGACCUCGUGGGGGACGGCGGCUCUUUGGGGGACAGGAGCAAGUCGGUCCCUGGCCUCAACACGGAGCUGGAGGAGGAAGAGGAGGACAUCGAUAACCUGGUGGAGAUCCAUCGCCAGAGGGUGGCCCGGGGCAGCAUGCGCAGCGGCACCUCCUCGAGCACACUGGGGAGCAUGGUCAGCAUCUACAGCGAGGCCGGGGACUUCGGCAGCGUCGUGGUCACUGGGGGGAUCUCUUUCUCCUUGAGCUACGAGCAGAAGACACAGACCUUGUUCAUCCACGUGAAGGAAUGUCGCCAGCUGGCCUAUGGGGACGAGGGCAAGAAGCGCUCCAACCCGUACGUGAAGACCUACCUGCUGCCCGACAAAUCCCGGCAAGGGAAGCGCAAGACGACCAUCAAACGCAACACCAUCAACCCCCUGUACAACGAGCUGCUCAAGUACGAGAUCCACAGGUCCCUCCUGCCCGAGAGGACGCUGCAGUUCUCGGUCUGGCACCACGACCGCUUUGGCCGCAACACGUUCCUGGGCGAGGUGGAGGUGCCGCUGCAUGCCUGGGACUGCCAGAGGCACCUGGAGGAGUUCCUGCCCCUGCACGGCAAGAUUGGGGUGGAUGCUGCUGGUCUCCACCAGUACAAGGGGGAGCUGGUCGUCUCCAUGAAGUACAUCCCAUCUCCCAGGCACCCUGGGGCUGGGAACAGCAGGAAGGGCAAAACAGGGGAAGGUGGUGAGCUCCAGGUCUGGAUCAAAGAAGCCAAGAACCUCACAGCAGGCCAUGUCCAUGCUAACCCAAGGGGCUGCUUCCCCAGCUACCUCCUGCCACACAAGACCAAAGCCUCCAAGAGGAAGACGCCUGUGGUGAAGAAGACCCUGAACCCUCACUACAAUCACACCUUCGUCUAUAACGGCAUCAACCCCGAGGACCUGCAGCACAUCUGCCUGGAGCUGACGGUGGAGCCCCGGGGUCCAUCAAGCCAUGGGGAUGAGGAGCCCCGGGGCAUGAGCAAUGGACAAGCUGUGGACUGGAUGGACUCCACAGGCGAGGAGCUGAAUCUGUGGCAGAAGAUGUGUCAGUACCCGGGCUCAUGGGCAGAGGGGACGCUCCAGCUCCGCUCCACCAUGGCCAAGCUGAAGCUGUAG